CUUGUCCGGUUUUUAACAGGUAAUGGGACUACGAGGUCUGUUUUGAGAAUGAGAAGCGACCCGUGCUCAGUAGUGGGUCAUCGAUGUGUUGGAAUGAUGAUGAUUGUAAUAGUAUUGACUCCCAUACAGACUAGACUACUGACUACUUAUAUUGACCGAUAUCGAUAUUCGAUAGAUAUCGUGUUUCACAACACUAGCCAGUUUAAUACCGUCAAGUUCGACCGGUUGUGUGCUCAGUAAACAAGAUUAUCACAAUGAAGAGUGUAGUUUUAGUUUUAUUUUUAGUUUAUUUCACACUAAAAUUAAGUUCAGGUUACAAAGUGACUAGAGAUGAGACUAAACUAAAGGAAGUGCUGUUUUGGAAACAGAUUAGCUAUGAAAUUGAUGGGGUUUUAUAUAACCGAGAUGCAAAUCACAAAAAGACAGUCAAUGGUCUAAAUUUUGAGGACGAUUUAGAAGACAGCGAGAAAUACUUCAUUCAGUACAACAACGUGCCAAUAGGUUUAGAAGUGUGGGGCGACAGAAUUUUUGUGACGGUGCCUAGAAGACGCUAUGGAAUUCCAUCGACCCUCAACUACGUCUGGAAUGGUCCAGCGAAGUCACCAGCUUUACAACCGUAUCCUGGCAGCCAGGACCUGGUCUCUGUGUACCGACCCAGGAUAGAUGAGUGUGGCAGACUGUGGAUGGUGGAUACUGGGUUAUUGGAAGUACCAGGAGACAGAAGACAAGUGAGGAAGCCUUCAAUCGUAAUAUUUGACUUGAAGACUGAUAAACAGAUCCUGAGAUACGAGUUAAAUGAUUCCGAUCUUGUCAACGAGAGGACUCCUGGCGGUCUAACCUCAAUAACUGUAGACGUCACCAAAGAUAGCUGUGAUGAUGCGUAUGCCUACAUCAACGAUCUGGCAACAGAGGGGAUGAUAGUUUACUCGCUAAAGGACAAUAGGAGUUGGAGGUUAAACCACCCUACGUUUCUACAUGAUGAAGCUGCUCUAAACUUUACUGUUGCAGGUUAUGUAAUCAACUGGAAGGAUGGUCUGUUCAGCAUAGCGCUGUCGCAACCUGACGCUCAUGGUGACAGAACAGCUUACUACCACCCCAUGGUGUCCAACCAGGAGUUCUCCAUCAACACCAAGUUUCUCAAGAGUGGUGACAUCGGCAAUAAUGUGAAGGUAGUAGGAACACGAGGAACAAAAACCCAGAGCGGUUCCCAUGGCUACCAUGCACCAACGAAGACGUUGUUCUUUGCGAACCCCGCUCAAGACGCCAUGUUGUGUUGGCGCGUUGACACCAAAAUGGCGCCCGAAAAUAUUGGAAUCGCGGCACAGGAUCACACUAAGCUGGUUUAUAUAGCAGAUCUGAAAAUAAAGGGUGACGAGGUAUGGGUCCUCGUGAACCAAAUGCCGAAAUUCGUCUUUUCGACGCUCAACACUAGUGAAGAUAACUUCUAUAUACACAGGUUUAAAUUAUUUAAUAUCUUCGCUGUUCUACUGCUGGUAGUGAGGACCAAUCAACAGGAGAGGAGACUUGGAAAAUUCCAGGAAGUUUUCGCCUGGAAACAGCUGACUUACAAUAUCAAUGGAAUCCAGUUACUUCAAGACAGGUUUUCGGAAGAUAUCGAAGAGGUCCGAUCGAAGAGGGAAGCCGAUCGCCUCAUUUUCAGUGAUGACGGGCCCAACGAUAAUAAACCUUGGAACGAACCUCAAGAGCCCGAAAAUGAGAAACCUGUUUGGCAAACGACACCCCCAAGUCCUUCUACAAACCCUGAUGAUGAAGCAGGCAGAUUUUUUAUCCAAUACAACAAUGUUCCGAUGGGCGUGGAGAGAGUUGGUGACAGGUUGUUCAUAACGGUACCAAGGAGACGAUAUGGGAUCCCAUCAACUCUGAACUACGUGUCUCUAUCGCGUGACAGCAGGACCCGCUCCCCGCCGCUCCGCCCCUACCCCGACCUCGCCCGCGCGAGGUCACUGACCUCCGUCUACAGAACCCGUGCUGACCAGUGUGGAAGACUAUGGAUGGUCGACACUGGACUGCUGGAGAUACCUGGUAACCCACAGCAAGUACAGGCUCCAGCGAUCGUGAUAUUCGACCUGACUUCCGACAGGCAGAUCCUGAGGUACCCGUUCAAGAGUUCAGAUCUACCAGCUGCGAAUACUCCGACAGGCCUGGCGUCAAUAACAGUGGAUAUCACAGACUCCUGUGACUCUGCGUACGCCUACGUGCCAGACCUGACCACGUACGGUCUGAUCGUCUAUUCGCUGCAGGACAACAACAGCUGGAGACUGACUCACAACUACUUCCACUUCAACCCACUCGCUGGCAACUUGAGGAUUUCUGGUGAAAGCUUUCAAUGGAGCGAUGGCAUAUUCAGCAUAACACUAACAGAGCCAGGAGCCGAUGGCUGCAGAACUGCCUACUUCCACCCCCUGGCCAGCACCCAGGAGUUCUCCGUGUCCACUUGCGUGCUGCAGAACAGCAGCAUCAGCAGCCUGAGCGACUACUAUAGGCUUUACUCCUACGUUGGCAACCGAGGCGAGAAUAGUCAGUCCACGAUGCACGGGUACCAUCCGAAGAGCCACGUGGUGUUCUACGCGGACGUGGCGCGGGACGCCGUGUCGUGUUGGAACAGUGGAAACAUGCUCAACCCGGCUAAUGUGGCUAUACUGGCUAGGGACAGCCAGAGACUGAGCUAUCCUUCAGAUCUGCACGUCACGAAUGAUGAAGUAUGGGUGAUGUCCAACACACUCCCUAGAUUUGGUUACUCCACACUUGACACUAAUGAGUACAACUUUUUCAUUUACAGAGGGAACGUGAACGAACUGAUCGCUGGAACAGUAUGCGCGUCGCAAUACCCUGUCUAUCGUUAAUUUUUUGUUCUUUAUACUAUAUACAUAGUAAAAUGUUUAUGUUUACUCAUAUAACGGCAAUCAAAAUAGGUAUUUUUAAUGUUAAUAAAAUUAUCAGUUAACCAUG